CUGUCCGUUUUUCCUGAUUUCUCUUACGAUUUACAUCUCUCCCCUGUCUUAGAUAUUAGAGAUUUCAUUGUGGACGAUCGCAAUAAUGAAGCUCCGACAAAAGCUACGAGACGUAUUGUGCAUAAAGAUGCAGCACUACAACAGGCCCAGUCCAUAUUCGGCGUGGAUUUUGACAUGUCUGAGUUUGAGGCCUUUCGUAAAGGUCGUGCGGAAGAUGAUGAAUAUAGUGAAGAAUCCGAGGCCGAAUAUUCCGACGAUGAGGAGGCAGCUGCUCGACCUCGCCGUAAAGGUCGGAAAUCUCGAUCCAACUUGCUGAUGGACGAUCGUGUCUAUGAAUUCUUCGAUCCCAGUGAUCUCGAGCGCGCUUACUAUAGCCUUGCUGACGAUCGUAUUCGAAAAACAGAUGUUCCCGAGAGAUUCCAACUGCGGCAUGUACCCGUAAAACGGGUUGAUCCAUCUUCUCCCAACUAUGCACAAGAAAUACAAGAGUUAUCUGAUGAGGCGGCAUGGAUCUAUGCUCAGGCUUUUAAAGAGGAGACAGAGUUCAAAUGCAUCGAACGUGAUCUAAACAUCAAAGAUUUAUGGCGUAUUUAUCAAUUAGAUGAAAAGUGGACCAUUCUACAACAACGAAAACGCAAUAUGAUUCAGUUGUUGCAAAAAUUACAUGACUUUUUCAAUAGCAUCUCUCCAGACGAUCCCGGAAGUGUACAUAAAAAGCAUAGUGCUUCUCUCCUCAAAUUAAUCGCAUGUGUCCGCAGUGCAGAAUCAGUGGAGGAAGUGAACGAUGUGCGUUUAAACUAUUUGCUAUACUACGCUUGCUACGCCGAACCCAUGAAGCGCUGGCUCAAGAAGCAAAAAGAUAAAAAUACCUCGGAUAAAGAUGAAGCUGAAGAAGGCGAUCCACUGCAAGACUUCAACCUCGACUCGGUUGACAAAUCCGUCCCAGUCACAAUGAGCGUUGAUCCUUUUACUGGACGCCCAAUCCGUCAACGACAGGCCAGAGCAACCGCUUCUUAUGAAGUCGCACAACGUGCCGGCCUGGGUGGAUUAGUGCAGCGCUUUGGUUUAACUGCUGCACAGUUUGCUGAAAACGUCCAGGACCAGUAUUUGCGGCAUGACGUGGACCAGUGUCCCAUGCUACCACUUGAUGCCGCGGGUGAUUUUCUGAGCCCUCAGUUUCCCACGGCUAGUGUGGCCCUUACAGCUUCACGUUAUAUGCUUGCGUUCCAGAUUUCUCGUGAGCCAUUUGUUCGGAGAAUGAUGCGACAAAUGUUUCAGUUGCAGGCCGUUAUUACAGUUCGACCCACACCUCGAGGCAUGAAGGAAAUAGAUGAAUCGCACCCACUUUUCACCGUGAAAUAUCUUAAUAGGAAACCUGUUGCCGAUCUUAUGGGUUCACUUCUAUUCCUUCAACUGCAUAAUGUGAGUUUUCACAUCAAGUCACUGUUGGAUAGCAGUCAACAAGCGGUUCUUAGGGUACGCCCUUUUCUCACGUUCAAUUUGAUUUCAUCCUGUGUUUACGGCUCCCACAUAGUCUCAUCCUAUAUUGAGAUUGUGAAAUUUUCAGUAGCCUCGGUGGGAUUCAAACCCACGCAUGGACGCCGCUUGUGCGCAAAAAAGUUGUUCACCUAUCUGCAAGUUGCUCCCUACCCGGCUGAUGGACACCGAUCUUACGAGGCUGACGCAGAGGGUGCUGAUUCACCUUUUCCUUCCGGACGCAAUAGACAUGAUGGUCGGGGUCAUGGUGACUCUGAUGUGCAUAGUAGUGGAAGUGUGUGGCCAAAAGGGGCAAGAGUCCUGGCAAUGGCCCUCAAGGAUGAAGACGAUGCAAGAGAAUCUGUUGUCUCGGCCGUUCAUUUAGAUGCGAAUGGUGAAGUGGUCGAUUUUUUGCAUUUCCACGGUCUCUUACAAUCCAAACGUGUUGCUGACGACUUCAAAAAAGUUAAAGAAAACGACAUGCAGCGUCUAACUAGUUUCAUGGUCAAGCACCGUCCUCAGGUAAUUGUGAUCGGUUGUAACUGUCGGCGGGCACUGUAUCUCCAAAUGGAUCUACAAAAGCUGGUAGAUGAGCUUGCCGCCGAACGGCGUUUGCCACGCGUACAUGUUGAACUAAUGGAAACCGAACUGGCCGUUGUUUUUGCUCAAUCAUCGCGUGCUUCAGCUGACUUGCCCUCAUCCUAUUCGCCACUUCUUAGACAAGCCAUCUCUUUGGGUCGCCGUCUUCAAGAUCCUCUGGCUGAAUUUGCUCAAUUAGUGAACACCGAGAAUGAAAUACUCGGUUUCCGAUGGCAUCCGAUGCAAGAUUCGUUACCGCGCGAAAAACUCUUCCAAACGUUGGAGAUUGAAUUCAUUAAUCGGGUAAACGAAGUCGGUGUGGAUGUGAAUCGGUGCUUGUCUCAUUCUCACACAGCCAAUUUACUCCAGUUCGUUUCUGGGUUGGGUCCUCGUAAAGCUUUACAUAUGAUUAAAAUACUGAAACAUAAGAAAAUGUAUCUCACCAACCGGACACAGUUGUGUCUUGUUAUCGAAUUGGGUUCUCGAGUUCUGACGAACUGUGCCGGAUUCAUCAAAAUCGAUACUGGCCUAGUGCGUGAUUUGGAUGUAGAUGAUUUGGAAAUCCUCGAUUCAACAAGAGUGCAUCCGGAGAGUUAUCAUUUAGCCAAAAAGAUGGCUGUCGACGCAUUGGAAUAUGAAGACACAGAAGAAUGUGAUCCCACCGCAGCUUUGGAGGAAAUAGUUCAAAGCCCUGCACGGUUGCGUGAGUUGGAUCUAGAUGCAUUUGCUGAGGAAUUAAAACGCCAAGAUCAUGGUGACAAGCACAUCACUCUGUACGAUAUUCGUAAAGAGCUGAACAACCGGUAUCGGGACUACCGAACACCAUACCAAUCCGCCAAUCCCGAACUAAUUUUCAGCAUGGUCACACAUGAAACACCGGAAACGUUUCAUGUGGGUCGCUUGGUUGAAUGUCGCGUGGUCUCGGUGGCCACGCGUCGUCCACGCCCGGAUCAACUCGAUAACACCAACCCCAUGAAAAAUGAAGCAAACGGUUCGUGGAUGUGCCCGUUUUGUCGGCAGGAUAACUUUCAAUUCCUCAAUCACGUUUGGAGCCACUUUGACAAUGAUGAGUGUCCCGGUCAGCCCGUUGGUCUUCGUGUCCAAUUGGAUAAUGGAAUCGCUGGAUUUAUUCCACUGCGCCUAACAGAUCCUCCAGCUGAGAAGUUAUUCGAGCGUGCUUAUCCGGGUGCACUCAUUCAAUGCCGCGUGGUGAAAAUCGACAUAACAAAGUUCAAUGUGGAACUCACUUGCAAAAAUUCAGACUUAAAGGAUGAGCGUCAUAUGUGGCGCCCACAGCCAGAUCCGUUCUACGACUACGAGGCCGAAGAACGCGAUGUUCGAGCCGAGGAGGAAGCGAAAAAUAAGGCCAAGGAAGAAACCACCCCAUACUUGUCCCGCGUCAUCUUUCAUCCAUUUUUCAAAAAUAUCAGUUACGACAAGUUGGCCGCAAUGGAACCCGAGAUGGAACCAGGCACUAUUGUGAUCCGUCCCAGCCGAAAAGGCACAGAUCAUCUGACCGUAAGUUGGAAAGUGGAUGAUAGCAUAAUGCAACACAUUGAUGUUUUGGAGAAAGAAAAAACCAACAAUUUUUCUCUUGGACGAUUGUUGAUAAUUGGAGAUGAAGAAUUCGAGGAUCUGGACGAAAUAGUCGCACGACACGUCCAACCUAUGGUCUCACUUGUUCGCGAUAUCAUGUCUUACCGAUAUUACCGAAACUCAAUGGGCGGAGACCGUGCAUUUCUCGGGUCUUUGUUGCAACAGGAGAAACAAGACAAUCCCGAUCGGAUACCUUAUUUUCUCAGUUCCACCAAAGAACGACCCGGAUACUUCAUUCUCGCCUACAUGCCUAAUAAAACUCCCCAUUACGAACUGUUUAGCGUCCGUCCUGAAGGAUUUCGUUUCCGUCGCUUAAUUUUCCCCACGCUAGAUCGGAUGAUUACCUGGUUCAAGGAACAUUAUAAUGAUGUUGUAAGUUAUGCGGGGUACCGAUUGACCAAAGAUAUCAAUUUCCUGUGA